CACAGAACUCUUGGAUUUGAUUUGCAAUGCUAAGUCAGCUGCUGAAGUUGAGAAUGGCUGGGACAGUGACAUGUCGGCCAUCUUGCUGCUGCUACAUCUGCUGCCACCAUCUGCACAAGGUAGAAAGAGGCCGGGAAAGCUUUCUGCAUAUCAAGCUGUAGAUCAGCUCAUCAGAUUUCAAAAGGUUGGAACCAGUGUGCAGCAGCAUCUAGACAACAUCACCCAAAGCAGUCAGCCCUACCUUCUCGCCCAGGGAUCCACACAGAGCACCAUUCACUCCUACUUCAUUGUGGUUGACAAGCAUGCACUUCCAUGCAAGGCAACAGGUUCAGUUGGAGCUUUUGACGAACUCUUUAAAGCCCAUUACGUCUUUGGUACGUCAUACAGUUCUUCCCUGAGCAGCUUUUUCACAUUUGUGCAAACAACCAUCUAUAACAUCGACAUGGGGGAAACAAAGGAGACCCCUAGAGUUGCAGAAUUGCGGGCAAGGAUGGUGCGUUAGUUGAGAUAGAGCUAUGAAGUGUUUUCUUUGCAAAAGUGACCAUGGAAGUCCAAACAACCUUGUUAAGCACUUUAAGGUAAUUCAUGGGCUAUGUAAAGGCAGGACUCUUUUUUUUGAAGUGUGGACAAGAAGGAUGCUCACGUUCUUUUGGUAGUUUUUCUGGUUUAAGAAAACAUCUUAAUAAGUGCCAUGGAAGCAGUUUAGUUGAUUCUGUAGAAUAUGAUCUUUCAUAUCCUCAAAGUACCGUCAAUACAAGUAAUGUUUCUCAUGUUGAAGAGUCGACUGAAUAUUUAGAGGCUGAGUCACAGUUAUCUUCCCCAUACAUUGUAAAUAGUUGUUCAGCUGUAAUUUCUGAUCUAAAGGCAGCAGGUGUUGGUCAAAGUACACUGAAUUCUGUAGUGAUUUCCAUGGAAGAGAUUGUUCAAGAUAUCCAUCAGCAUGCUAAAGAGACAGUGAUAAAGCAUGUAUUUAGUAAUGAAAGAGAAACGGAAAUGUGCAAAAAAGUUGAGGCGUGUUUUGAGGGGUUAGACAAUCCUUUCACAAUUCUAAAUUCGGAAUACAAGCGAUCAAAAUUUAUGACUGACAAGUGGGAAAUAGUAGAACCAGUUGAAUGUGUGAUUGGUUCAAGAUUUGACACAAGACGAAAUAAAAAGACUGGAACAUAUGAUCAGGUAGUAGUUCAAGAUAAAUUCAUGUAUAUUCCAAUUUUAUCUACACUGCAGUCAAUAUUUAAAAGUCAGUAUGUUGCAGAAAUGUUGCAAAGCUCAGCUACCAGCGACUCUAGACUGAGAGAUAUUUGUGAUGGAUCUUUUUUUAAAAGUCACCCCCUGUUCUCAACUGAGAAGCAGACAAUACAGAUCCAGAUGUUCUAUGAUGACUUUGAGGUCGCCAACCCUCUGGGUCCUAAGCGAGGUAUUCAUAAAUUGGGUGGAGUAUAUUUUACUUUAAGAAACUUCUCUCCAAAAUGGAAUUCUUUCUUGGCUAACAUACACCUGUGCGCCUUAUUUCAUACUCAAGAUGUUAAACGGUAUGGUUUUAAUAAAAUUUUUGCUCCCAUUGUUCGAGACAUUAAACUGUUAGAGAGUGAUGCAUGUAACACCGCUCCAGAUAAACGCUCAAGAAGACCCAUGUGGGAAAUUAUUGAAUCAAACUGA